AUGCAAUUUUAUGGUAAAUUUCAAUUUUUCAUCAAGCCGAUCGCGAGUCGGUCAGGGAUCGGUACUCGGUUCGAGGACACGACGUUCCUGCCACUACCUAGUACCGUGACCACGGCGGAUCCUCCCACCUCGACCACCUCCGAAACUCCUGCCCCAACUGAAAGCUCUUCCGAAGACCAUGGUGACCCUAUUCUGGCAGGUUCAAUCGAUCGCCAAUGCCUCACGGGCGAAGAGUACGACGGUGUCGCUCAAGGCUGGAACAUCACGCUCGCUGGUGUCCCGACCUACUACAACAAACCCUCGCUAGCCUGGAGGCAAGCUAACCCCGGACCGGCCAAGGUUCUCCUCUUCUACUCCGACGUCUACAGCCCCUUCUUCAUGAACAACAUCUUGCUUAUGGAUUGGUAUGCUUCCCAAGGCUACUGGGUGUUCGGCCUCGACUACUUCCUCGGCGACUCUGCUCAGAACCAAGUUCAGUUGUACGACGUGGAGGCUUGGGUCGCAUUUGCCAAAGCUCGCGCUGAUCCUCUAGUACCCGCAUGGAAUGCCGCCGUUCGCUCGCUCUUCCCUCCCGGAACUAAAUACGUCUCAGUGGGGUACUGCUUCGGCGCCCCAUUCUCGAUGGAAGCUGCCGCCACCAACGAAGUAGUCGCCGCCGCUUUCGGCCAACCUGCCUUGCUAACUGAGAGCCACUUCUACAACGUUACUCUCUGGGCCAAACAGGAGUCAGCGAACAGUAUUUUGGGGUGGUUCGAUCGCUUCACGGCUUAA